AGCAGAGGCAGAAAGACCAACUGACUAAAAAAAAAAAACGCCGUAGUUAAGCACCAGCUUUAGCGAGACAAAAUAGUGCAUUUCCACAGAAGGAGCUUUUCCAGAAACCUUUUGAACUCGGGAGCAUUACCCACUGUUUAUGGCUCUGCGCCGGAGACAUAAUUUCUUCAAAUUUGGCACAAAAGUGCACUUGGACUCAAAGAUGAACUGAUUAGAAUUUGGUGGUCAUAGGUCACUAUGACCUCACAAAAUGUGUGGGGCCUUAAAUAAAGACUUGAUAUGCUCAAGCUAUCCUUUCAAUUUGAUACAUUUAUAUUAUAUAUUUCUUUAUAUUUAUUAUGUUUUCAUUUCUUGGUUUUAAGAAACCAUAACUAUAGCAUUUAUAACAAUAUAUUUCUAAUAGUAUGUGCAUAAUAGAAAUGAAAGUCCACAUUUGUGUUGGUUAUUUCAGCACUAUAAGUGGGUCACAUUCAGAAGCAGUGCGAUCAGUUUUCAUGUGCGAAUGAAAUUUUUAUGAUUCCACAGAUGUUGUAAAUGUGGGUUUAAGGAGGAGAGCACACAAAACUCUCACACACACACACACACACAAAUAUGCACACAACUGCAUGAAUGCACCUAAAGACACAUAUUUGCACAGAUGCAGAGUCAGGAGUAAAGAUGAGGGCUGGUUGGUGGAGUUGUCAGAAGUAGGUCAUUGGGUUGGAGCUGGAGAAACUGGGCCACAGGUUCACUUAUAUUAUGUCGUCGAGCUGCUGCGGCUCCGCUGCAGCAUAUUCAUUCAGUGGCAUCAGAUAGUCAUAUCCCUGCACUGCUCUCUGACUGCCUUUGUUCAAUUAUUUUUCGUGGGCUCUAACGCGAAGAAAACAUGAAAAGAUGUGUCUAAUUUGGUUCACUCUUUCAACCCAUAGCAUCCAAGUGUGUGUGCCGGCUGGUAUGUGAGAUAGCUCAUUAUGCUCGUGUUUUGUUGACGCCUCCUGUUGACUCACCCAUGCCGAUGUGAGAACGUCAGCUGAGUCUAUUUCUGUUCCUUCAACUCUUGCAGAAAAUCCUUCCCGUCGCAGCACGCUACCCUCGCAUCAUUCGCCGCUGUCUAUGUUUCGAUGUACUUCAACAGCACUUUGACCGACUCAUCCAAGCUGCUCAAGCCCCUGCUGGUCUUCUCCUUCAUUAUCUGUGCCAUCAUUUGUGGUCUGACCCGGAUUAUUCAGUACAAGAACCACGCCAUCGACGUCUACCUGGGCUUCCUGCUCGGAGGAUCUAUCGCUGUCUAUCUGGGAUUGCAUGCAGUGGGAAAUUUUCAGCCUAGUGAGGAGGCCAGUGUCAGUCCCCCUCCAAUAAUACACCGCCCCCCCUGCUCCUUGCCCCACAUAAGCCAGGAGGCUGUACUCCACCACCUGCAGAUGAAAGCCAGCAUGGCCGGUGAGCCCGGCAUACACAUCUCCCACUCUGAGGGCCUCCUCCACCGAGGCCUUCAGCAGCCAAGGUCUGAUGACAGUCUGAAGCGUUCCAGUGCUGAUGUGGAAGUGAUCUCCCCCCGCAGCCCCCAGAGCAAAGAAGCCUAUGUGACCUUUAGCCACACCCUUCCUCGGGUCCACACCCCCCAGGCCAUGGCAGCGUAUGAGGAAGCAGCUCGGCGUCACGCCGCCACCCUCCACCAUGCCUCCAUGGACUCCAGCCGCUCAAAGCAGCUUCUGUCUCAAUGGAAAAGUAAGAACAACAACCACAAAUGCUCCCUGCAGGUCCCAGACUCCUUCUCCACUUCCGUAGAUUCCUCAUCCGGCCAGUCCUCCCAGCAUCCGCACCACCACGGCAGUAUGGAGCUCCGAUCCAGCUCCGACCCAUCUGCUAUGGGCCUGAAUGGAGGCUUUGAUGCUCAUGCAUACAUGUCCAAACUGGCCACGGGAGCUAGCACCACCCUGCCCAGUAACUGUAGCGGCAUCACCGGAGGGGCCAGGAUAUCCAUGCAAUCUAGACCUGGGUCUUCACAGCUCGUCCACAUACCAGAGGAGGCUCAUGAGAAUUACAACACCUCCUCCCCUAGGACGGGGGGAGGGGGAGGAAGUGAUGAGAUGUCGAUGAUAAAUACCACAGUUCAGGCAAACUGGCAAAGGGCAGCGGAGAUGACCGCAGCCUGCAGGACUAACGAAAACGGGCACAACACCCAGCCACGAAUCAUGCAAGUGAUUGCAAUGUCCAAGCAGCAGGGUCUACUACAGACCCAUUCUAAGAGCUUAGAUGAGAGCGGCAUCGGCACCACCGGGAGUUGCCAGGGCUCUGCACGCUACAGGGCUCUGUCUGAUCAAGAUCCCACCAGCAUCACGGGGCCCAGCUCACUGGGUAGCACCACCAGCAUUUCAGAGAGUACCGGAGCAAUCGUCAGAGUAGAGGCCCACCCUGAAUACAGGCCGGUGAUCCAAGCUCCGUCCACAGAUGGAAGCGGAUCAUGGAGGUGGCGGUCGCUGGAUCACGGCAACGGAGCUGUCGUAUUCACAGGGCCUAGUGGAGCAGGAGGGGGAUCAGGAGGAGGAGGUGGGAGUUUGAGGCAGUCCUUUGACCUCAACGAUCUUAACUCGGAAAGCUCAGACUCCAUUCGUGAUGGGUCCAUUGACAGGAAACGCGGCAAUCACAUCGUCACCACCACCACCGCCACCAUUAGCACCCCACCCAUAGUUACUGUUCACACCCAGAACGCCGGCCAGUCAGAGCACAGGCUCCAGCCCCAGGGCCUUUCUACCAUAAGGGUCACUCCGGGGGAUGGUAGCGGUUGUGGAUCUGGAGGAGGCGGCGGUAGAGGAGGAAGCGGGGAGAGCGCUUUGGAAACCCCCUCUGUCCCGUCCAGUCGGGAGUCCACUCUGCGGAGAAAAGGCAAUAAUGUCAUCCUGAUUCCAGAGAGAGCCAACAGCCCCGAUAAUGCACGGAACAUUUUCUACAAGGGAACGUCGAUAACUCCCGUUUUCAAGGACUAACGUGAGGAGUGCCCGGAGACUUCUGAGAAGACGGAGCUAAUAAUGCAAGACAGCUGAACCCCAUAUCUGUGACAAGUCAGUGUUACCUGCCAUUGUGUAUAUCAUGCUAACUUCAAAAGAGAAAAGGUUUUAUUCCGCAUGAGAUUUUUGUACGUGUUUACACUAAGUCACAACCUUUUUAAGUGUUGUAGAAAUAAUCACUGUGUACUUUUGUGGUCACUCCUAAGGAAACCUAUUGUUUUGUCGAUGCUGUGCCAGUGCUUUGGGGACAGGAGAGCCUUUUGUAAAACGGUUCCAUAUGUUUUGGAUAUGAAUCAUCAGAGAAAAAAAGAAAGUAGCACAGUGACGUUCAAACUGUAGCAAACUACAGCAAAAUAAUUGUAUCAUAGCUGUAGAACCAGUAUUUACUUCCCUGCACUGUACAUAAUUUGUAUGUUUGAAAAGGGUGCUACACCAGAAUAUACUAUUUACUAUACGACAUACUGUAUCAUUUGAAUAGAUAAAGAAUGAAUUAUUUUAGAGUGAGCAACAACGACAUUAAUACGUGACAGAGAUAUGUUUUGUAUUCCGUCUCUUUUCUGUACAGAUACCACAUACUCAACAGAAUACUGUUUGAACCAUAAGUGUGCUUAGCAUUCCUUCUGUAGCUAUGAAGUCAAUUAUGCUGUGACUUGCACUGAAAUAUGCGUUUACUGUACUUUGUAUAUCGUAAACCCUGACCUUAUCUUUAUAUCCUGUACUAACAUUUGGAUGUCCGUGCCAAUCCCACAUCUAUAGCACAAAACAGGCAGCAACACAGUUGGAUUGUUUGCUUAUUUAGACCAUAAGAUAAAUAGUGUAUUUCCAAAACUCAAUGCAAUACUUCACCUCAAGCCACCCAACUGAAAUUGGUGGGUUUCAGUCUGCUUAAAAGCGAUAUUUGUAGCUUUCAAAUAAACAUUUUGAGAAAUAUACUUGCUGCUGUAAAUCCCCCGACCAAAUGCUAACAUUAAGUCACAGAGUGGUUAUUUUGGGUUUUGAGAUACGUUUGAGCACUUCCAAGGGUUGUGUGGGCCUAGAACUCUCCCAGUUAGAACAGCCAGACCCAACCAAAAGGAGAAAAAUAGAUUUCACAGAAGCAAAGCAGAAAUAAAUCAAAGUGAUGCAACAGGGUUGGUCGGGAAUGUGUUUAGCACAAAGUUCUAGCUGCCUGCAGUCUUUGUGCCAAGGAGUUGUUGCAAAACAGAAGUACCACCUUAUCUCAUCUUCUGAGUCUACUCAUGUUGCUUUGUUGUUGGAAGGCCUUUCUAUUAUUUCAGAUAAAGGCCACCAGCCUUUCUGCUUAGCUCAACAUAUCAGGGACCUACUUCUGUACUGGAUGCACAGAGGUGAGACUGAUCCAGACAGCAAACAAACAUAUUUCCCAAAUUUUUGAAGUGUCUAUAAAAUCAUCUUUUUCUUAGAAAAAUGUGAAAUCACUUUAAAUCUUUGUUCUUUAUGAGCAGAAGCACUGUGCUCGCCUAGUCAAAAAAACAAACUUGAUUUGUUGUGCAGGUACUACAUGUAGCAUUUUUUUGACAAGAAUAUACAAUAUUGCUGUUGAAUUGUAAUACCUCAGUAUAAUUCUCACCAUCAAAUGAAACCCUUUUGGGAUCUUUGGCUUUACUGAACGGGAUCAGCAUGUAACGGGUGGGUUUAGCUGGGUUCAGCGCUCCCUUCACCUUCUGCCGUAUGCACUGGAAGAACAGCACUUCUUCCAGUUUCUGUGCUAUGAAGUCAUUUCCUUUUGUGCCAUAAAGCAACCAGCAGAUUUUCUACCAAAUCCAACCUAGUGAUUCAAAUUCUACGUCGAGGCAAAUAUAGACGGCCUCUGGGAAACCGUUUGGUUCCUCUGCGCUGACAGUAGUUGUAUCAAAUAAAUAUGUUUUUCUUUUCUUUCUUUAACAUUAAUAAAAGUAGGAACAGGAUAGUGGCUGUUGUUUACAUUAUAGUGCAUAUCAAAUAAAUAGUAUCUCAGUGGUUAAAUAAGCACCCACUGGAUGCAAAUUCAAUUUGAUACAAACGCAGCAUUGGCACCAGUUGUGCCCUGAAAAUGUUUAGUCAGAGUCUAUAUGAGAAAAUUUGCCAAAGCUAGAAUUUUUCAUUGAAAAGAAAUAUAAAUCAGAUGUAGUUUUCCGUAUUUGUAUAGCAAUCCUGCAUUAUAUUGUAUAUGAUUUAUUCUAUAGCCCAGUAACAUUUGCAUGGUCACUUUUCUAUAGUGCAUAUCACAAUAUUUUUAUCAUAAAUGUGCAAAAAAAAAAUUGAAUUUACCAAUGUGUUAAACAGUUUGUUCUUUAUUCCUGUGUUUCAUAGUGAAAGUUAUAUGACAAUCUUUUUUAUCUAAGUACUGUUGCCCCUUCAGGUCAACACCUGACACUUGUGUUCUUUUUUUCUGUUGCUUUAAUGAAGUUCAUUCUUGAACAUUUUAAUUUGAAUGUGUACAUAAUUUAACAAAUGUGUGAAAUAGGUUUUGAUUCAAGCAAAUCCUCAAAAAGAAAACACUUAUUUUCCAAGUAAUCCAGGUGGAUUGAAUAUUUUAAAUACAUUCUUUUGUCUGAUUCAAACUGUCAAAUCUUUGAGUGCAUUAAAGUUGCACUGUCAUCACAACAAUAGGUCUAACCCUGCUGUACAUAGGUACAGGUCGUUACUACAGUCUGGUUGUACUAAGAUGAAGCUGCCACUCACUCAAUCCUGUACCUAUGUCCUGUAGUUUGGACUUCCCUCAAAAUGUUGCUAGAAUUUGUUGAACACAAUCCAAUGCCGGUUUACUUUUAGCAUGAUGUGUAUCAGGAUUGUGUGAUUUGUAGUCAGACAGGCUCGUCCGCUUGGCCAAUAGUUCUGCUCCUCACUGUCCUACUUUGGUGCAGUCCACAGAGAUGUCUUUCCUAUCAAUAAACACACACUUUGAGUGGCUACCAUACACUAAAUGCACAUUUCCCCAUCCACAGUCCAUUUCAGUUGGUGGGGUAAGGCGGCUUAACGCUGUUUGCCAGGAGUUCAUGGCCAUUUGGCUGUCUUUGUAAUCCUGUAAAGACAAAUUGGCCUCCUCGCACAACCUCUCUUCUAAACAAACAUCCACCUUGUGAUCUUCUUCUUGGCAAACCAGCUAAAGGUGCACACGCCAGCAGCUGAACUGGAGGAGGGAACGGAACUGAAGCACGUGCAGUCGGCGCGAUUGCUAUGCGUAGUACUGUCGGCGCAAGUUUUGGACUGCACACGUAGCACAACAUUUACGUCGUGCAGACCAAAGUGGACAUGUGCAGAGUAUGAAUUGGCCUUUACUCUGCAACUCAUACUAACACAAAUCAACAACGGGCCGACUAUAGUGAUAGCUUUUUGGUUCAUGUUAACAAAAUCUACAAACCGACAUACAGGUGAAAUAGGACUGCCUUAAAAAUGACAGAAAACAUACAGAAGGAUAUGAGCUCAUUACAAGGUCUGAUAUCGGACUAAAGUACUUCAGACUACGAGAGUAAGUAACUAAGAGUACUUCCAAUGUGCAGUACUGUACAGCUACCCACUGAGAUAUUACUACACCCAUUUAUUCAAGGAUAACAUUUCAUCUUUACAUCAAACAUAUCAAAAAAGACUUUGCCAUUUUUACUCUCUACUAAGAGUACUUGUGAAACCAACCUGUAUGUCAUCAUGACAUCAUGGCCACCUUUACAAAGUUGAGAGCAAGCUGUACCUAUCAUGCCAUUCUGGUGUGUAAAUAGGGCUUCCCUCUAAAUACACUACACACGCUCUGCUAGUAAAUGUGUCCCGUAGCUCUCAAAGGCUCACACUCGACACUGCUCUUCCUCUGGUCCUAUGAACUGUUGUCGAGAGAAUUGGAGGAAAGACAUCGAGACAGAAACUCCUUACAUUUUAGUUCGAAGCCUUAACGUUGUCCGUACUCCCUUCAGGACACAUAGAUGUAACAGAGAUUCCUCCAGAGUAACAUAUCUAAUAUAUAGAUUGGAUAAAGAGAAAAGAGAUAUAACUUUGAUAAUUCUAUGGCAUUGUUUUGAAACGAUGUGUCUGAUUUAGAGCCUUUCCCAAAGGCCUGUGAAAUCAAAGGUGUGAUGUGACACGUGGGUAGAAAUGUAGAUUCCAUAAGUAGAACUGUGAACGGAUGCUCUCUGCAUGUGUAGCCUCUUGUGUUGAUUCAUGUGUUCUGAUACUGUGAUCAGCUGUGUGAAUUCUAUGCAGCAAAAAGAAGAAACAAAAUGUAAAAAACAGAUUUACCAUCACUUGAGUCCAAAAAGGAAAGAAAGGCUCAUUAGUUACGUUUUUGUGUAACAGUCAAAAUAUUAUGGAUUGCUUAUAGACGAGCAAUCACACUGAUUAUUCAGAGCACGUUGAUCAGGGUAGACGAACAAUUGUGCAUUGUCCAAAUGAUUUGAAUAAAUAUUUGCUAUUGAAACUAA